AUGGACCAGCCGCCCGCCGACAGCGGCCACCUGCAUGGCGAGCUACUCGUCCAGGUGGCGCACGAGACGGUCGCAGCGUCGGACGCGAUGCAGCACAUCUUCCCGCUCAUCCCGAUGACGUCGCCAGCGGCGCGGCACCUGCACGAGCUGGUGUACACGAUCUGCACGAUCGAGACGCUCGUCCACCAGUUCAUCGACCAGCAGCUGCUCAGCGCCGAGGCGUCGCCGCCCAACUUUCGCCGGCGCGAGUCGGGCGCGAAGCUGCAGGACACGCUCGAGCACAUGCGAGACGCCACGAUCCUCAAGCCGGCGGUCAAGGCGUCGCUGCUGUCGGGCGGGAUCGCCUCCCUCCUCUACCUCUUCUCCAUCCUCCUCCGCGACCUCAACAUCCAGCUGCAGGCCCUCCCAGACAUUGAGGCUGCCGCCACGCCGAACGUCGCCGAAGCCGCUUGCGCCGUCGGCGCCGCCGCCUUGGGUAGCCUCCUCCAGCUCUCCACGGCGUCGUCUCUCACGCGGCGCUUCUUCACAGGCGCCGCCGCCGUCGGCGGCCUCGUCCAGCGCGAGCGGCGCCGCCUGCCGAUCCGCUCGCGGGCCGGCGAAAUGCUCGGCCGGUCUCUCCUCGCCGGCGCGGCUGCGUACGGCGCCCGUGCGCUGUACCUCGAGGCUGCUCGGAGGCGCGCGGCGAAGCGGCUGGCGCAGUCGGAGAGCCGACUCUCGCUCACGCUGCGGCUGUGGUGCCUCGCCACGUCGGUGCUGCAGCGCGCGCACCGGCAGGGCGUGUCCUACACGCAGCUCGGCCACCUGCACGAGUCGUCGAACGUACAGCGCGUCGCGUCCUUCUCCUCGCUCGCCGUGAUGAGCGGCGUCGACAGCGGAGGGGGCAGCCUCGCCGGCCGCAGCCCCGCCCUGUCCCUCUCCGCCACCCAGUUGCACGACGGCGCGUCGCCCUAG